AUGAUAAGCGAGGACUUGGGUUCGGGGCCGAUGGCACCGGCGGUCCGUAGAGGAUGCUGGACCGCGUGGUGCCAAGUGACUCUGUUCGCCGUGUCGGCUCUCUUGAUCGUGGCGGAGAGAACCGCGCUGCUGUACUGCGUGGGCUACUACCUGUGGCUGGGGGAGCGCCUGUGGGUGGCGUGGUCUCUGGCGCUGCUGGUGCCCGGGGCCCUGGUGCAGGUGCUGAGCUGCUGGUGGUACCUGGCUGACGGGGAGCACCGCCGAUGCCUCCUGGCCCUCAUACACCUGCUGCACCUGGGCAUCUUCAAGAGGUUCUGGGACUGCAUGUCGUCGGUGUGGUCCACGCAGCUGGGUCUGGCGGUGAUGCAGCAGGCUGACGUGGCGGCCCUUCGCCUGCUGGAGGCGCUGCUGGUCACGCUGCCACAGACGCUGCUGCACACCUACGUACUGGUGGCCACAGACGUGGGAGUCAAUUCACCAGUGUCGCUGUGCUGUGCUCUGUGCCUGUUGUCUCUGUGCUGGGCGUUGGUGUUGUACAGCAGGGCGUGUGGUCUGAUGCGUCCGGGCCACCUGGCCAUGCCCCCCGCCUCGCUGCUCUGCCUGCUGCUGUGGCGGGGGGGCAUGCUGGGGGCGCGCCUCACCAGCCUCGUCUUCUUCACACGCGCCUUCGGCUGGUGGGUGUGUGCCGUCAUAGGUUUCCACUGGGUGGUGGCCUUCUUCUGGCUGGUGUCUCAGCAGACGGACAUCUGCGCAGGCCGCUGGAGGUGGCGUCUCUUCAACGCCAACAUGGCCGUCGUGCACCUCUUCUGCUUCCUCAACGUCAAGGACGGACCCUCACGCUACCGCAUGGCCGGGUUCUACCUGGUCAUGUUCCUGGAGAACGCUACGCUGAUGUUGGCGGCCUCUGACUUCCUGAAUGAGGCAUCAUGGGAUAGCCUGACAGCGCCCACUGCUGUGCUCUGCAGCUUCCUCUGUGGCUUGACGUCUCUGGUCCUCUACUACCGCUUCCUGCACCCCAAGUCCACUGAGAUCUCGCUGGGCCUGCACCACCACGCCGGCGGCGGGGGCAGCAGUCACAUGGGCAGCACCUGCCUGGACCUGGAGCGCGGCGAGUCCUCCUUCUCCCUAGGGGGCGACAAGAGCCUCCCCGGCCCUCCGUCCUCCGUGAACCUGCACCUGGGCUCCUCCUCGCACCCCAGCUUCUCCCUCUCCGGCAUGGCUGGCUCGCUGCUGGAGCCCCCGGCCGGCUGCCUGGCGGCGGGAGGCAAAGGAGCGGGGGGGUGCCAGCACCACCACUGGCUCCUGAUACGCCUGGCCCUCAAGACAGGGGACACGGGCCACAUCAACCGGGCCUACGGGGUGGGGGGGCUGGCGGGGAUGCUGGCGAAGGGCAGAGGUGGGGGAGGACAGAGGGGAGAGGGGGAUGAGGAGGAGGGGGAGGAGGAGGAGGAGGCUCUGGCGCCGCUGUCGGACUGCAAGGACGAGUUCCAGAGUCGCAGCGGCAACGAAGAGGAGGAGGAGGAGGAGGAGGAGGAGAGCCUUCCGAUGGAGAGCCCGCUGGAGUCGCCGGGCUCGGAUUGCGGCAAGCGCAGCUCGCCCGAGGGCAAGUCGGUGCUGGGCGACAGCCCCGAGCCGCAGUUCUGCCCGACCGAGUCCAGCUCCACGCUCUACUUCAGCGCCGACCCGCAGUCGCCCAGCAGCGCCAGCAACCCACGGCUGGACCGGGACGGCACCACCGCGUUCGGCUUCGGCUUCGGCGCCGAGAGCCUGGCCGAGCUCAGCAGCCCCGUGGGGAGCGACCGCAGCGGGGGCCACCUCGGCGGUGGUGUUGGUGCCGGGGCUGGGGCCGGGGGGGCGCUGGUGGGACGUCUGGGACCCUGCUACAGCUCCACGCCCCGGCUGGAUGGGCCCCAUGGAGGGGGUGCUGGAGCUGGAGCGAUGGGGGCAUUAGGAGGCGGGUUAGGGGGGUUAGGAGGUGGAGGAGGGGGUUUAGGGGGGGCGUUGGAUGUGAGUAUGGGGGGGGUGCCCCACCUCAGUGGACCUAGGAGGCAGCUGGUGCUUUCCAGGAGAUGUCUGGAGGAGGACGCAGGGUUUUGA